AUGUUGCCACAAUUUUUAACUGCAGCAUAUCCGAUGGAACGGCAUUACUUUCUAUUGCCGAAAUUUGCGUUAAGUUUGAUAGGCUUCUAUCCGGAACAAGAAAGAACUUUUCUAAUACGUCUAUGGAGUUUUUUUAAUUUCUUCAUUUUAUCUUAUGGAUGUUUUGCUGAAGCAUAUUAUGGUAUUUAUUAUAUACGUAUAAAUAUAGUCACUGCUCUAGAUGCUCUUUGUCCGGUGGCAUCCAGCAUUCUGUCCCUGCUGAAAAUGUGUUGCAUUUGGUGGUAUCGAGAGGAACUUAAGUUUCUCAUACAAAGAGUGAGAGUUCUAACCGAAGAACAAAGAUCGGAAAGAAAAUUAAAUUAUAAGAAGAAAAGUUACACUUUAGUCACACGUUUGACCACAUUGCUUUUAUUUUGUGGCUUUUGUACGAGUACUUCGUAUUCGGUGAGACAUCUUUUGGAUAAUAUGUUGAGAAAAGCUCAUGGCAAGGAAUGGAUCUACGAGACGCCAUUUAAAAUGAUGUUUCCCGAUCCACUUUUACGUUUGCCCCUAUAUCCAUUUAUCUAUAUGUUGGUUCAUUGGCAUGGCUAUAUUACAGUGGUUUGUUUUGUUGGCGCAGAUGGUUUCUUUCUUGGUUUCUGUUUGUAUCUAACUGUUUUAUUACAAUCUUUACGUGAUGAUGUCACCGAUUUGUUGCAUAUCAAAAAUAUUUUAAAUAUACCUACUAAAAAAGAGGAAGAACGAAUUGUUAAGCAAAUGGAACGUCUGGUGGAUCGUCACAAUGAAAUAGCUGAGCUAACAGAACGUUUAUCGGGUGUUAUGGUUGAGAUAACUUUGGGGCACUUUGUUACCUCCAGUUUGAUAAUCGGCACCAGUGUUAUUGAUAUGCUAUUGUUCUCUGGUGUUGGCAUUAUAGUCUAUUUGGUCUAUACGUGUGCUGUUGGCACCGAGAUCUAUUUAUACUGCUUGGGUGGCACUUGUAUUAUGGAAGCUUGUUCGGACUUAGCUCACUCUACAUUCUCUAGCCAUUGGUAUGGCCACAAUGUUAGAAUUCAGAAAAUGACGUUGCUUAUGAUUGCCAGGGCUCAACGUGUUCUAACCAUAAAAAUACCAUUCUUCUCGCCCUCUUUGGAGACCCUCACGUCGAUUUUGCGGUUUACCGGUUCGUUGAUUGCCUUGGCCAAGUCUGUAUUGUAA